GCUCCACCCACAAUGCAACGCAAACAAGGGAACCUCGAAGACAAGAGGAGCAAAUGCUCUACUACGUUAAACUGACAUUACCGACAAAAUUAGACCGUUUUGAGGACAACGAUUCUGAGAUUCUGUUAUAACACUUAUUAUACCAAGCGGACGAAACCCGACAACAGUCUUCAGAGCUAUUGUCCUUGUGGGGAAAAAGCGACGCCCACAGGCCGCCGGUGGUACUGCAGGGGUCGGGAGUUGUAAGUGAGACAUUGGGGAGUCUGAAUUAUUUAACGGUGGAAAAUGAGCUCCGAAGAGGCGGCGGCACCAGCGAAGACAGGAACUGAUGACGAUGGCAUGUCCUGGUGGUACCGGUGGAUCUGCAAAAUAGCAGGUGUUCUGGGUGGCGUAUCAUGUGCCACAAUGGGAGUUUGGAAUUGCGUCACUGUGAAUCCCUUAAACAUCGCUGCUGGCGUCUGGAUGGUGAUAACAGCACUUGUGCUGUUUCUCUGUGAGGUGCCCUUCUGCUGUCAGUUUAUUGAGUUUGCAAACGCAGUGGCGGCGCGUGCGGACCAACUGAAGCCCUGGCAGAAAGCUCUCUUUUACUGCGGAAUGGCCCUGUUUCCGGUCUUCCUGAGCUUUUCCAUUACGACUCUUUUCGGGAAUGCCAUCGCUUUUGCCACGGGUGUGCUGUACGGACUGGCAUCUCUGGGAAAGAAGGGUGAUGCGGUGAGCUACGCCCGACUGCAGCACCAAAAACAGGGUGAUGAAGAGAAACAGGCAGGCACCACAGCUGAAUCUGUGCCGUGAAUCUGAUCCUUCACCUCACUCGACCCCUUUACUCCUCUACCUCCAUUCCAUUUCCCUCUCUCUUUCUCUCUCUGUGUAAAAGAUGCAUUACCUGAAUGAAGUGAUUUUCACAGUUUCUUGAGAUCCAGAUAUAUUCUGAUCACAUCAGAUGAAGUCUGAUCUCUGGUUGUUUUUGUGUGUGUUUUAUUUGAUCAAUUAAGAAAAUGGGUUUCAUGUGAAUAUUCUGAUUUAAACUCUGGUGCACAAUUGUUCAUUUCUUUAUUUAUUUCAUCUCGCAUUAUUAAAACACUAUUGAGUUGACUUUGGCUUUUAACUUAUCAAGUUUUUUUCUGAUGAUUUUGAUUUGUGAGACCCAGAGCUGGACAGAAUGAAUGCAUUAACUAUGAUCACCUGCCUUGACUCUUAUAUACGUAAAUUGACCUCAGCACCAGCACAGGGAUUUGGAAUUUUGGCCAUUGGGAUUUUUUCCCAGAAUUCAAUGUUGUCCUAGACGAUUACAAAGAGAAGCAUUUGUGACAUGUAACAAACAAACUCUUAUUUUAAACUGUAAGCAUGAUCAUAUGUGUUUCAACAAUUGCAGGGAUAUAAAGUGAAGUCUGCGUGUGUUUUGCCUUUACCCUGAAACUUGUGCUGCAGCAUGCUUUAGUGUUCUUCAACGGUGAAAUAUCAUUUUGUUACGCUGCUCUAAAACUUAGAAUAUCGUUUUUAUUAGAUUUUAGGUGGAAGAGCGUUUUCUUUGAUGUUGUUUUCUGGUUGUUUCGUUUAAGAGCUUGUUUGCGUGAGUGUAAUUGUGAGCGAUGUGGUGCAUUUUACAGUCGCCCCUCAAGUUAAUACCGUGUCUUCAGGAACUUGUGUUUUUGCAGUCUUAGCUUUUCUCUAAAGUUGCUCGUAUGAAAGUCAAGAGCUCAAGUCAGAGGUCAUUCUGUCGUAUUUUUUCACUAAAGUUUUCACACUGUUACACCAUUUAUUCAGUAUACAAGAUCACACCCUUUUUUUAAGAAAGGCAAGUAUUUUCAUUGUUUAGCUGGUAAAAGCUUUUCCAAAUACACCAUUAAGCCUAGUUAGAUCUCUAACACCACCAGCACUUGAACCAUGCUAAAUGUUAUAAUACCGGUAACAUCUUUUAUACUCAACUCUCUUCUUCAAUAUUUCCCUUCUUUUUUGUUACUGACCCUGGUGUACAAUUCUUCAGACAGCUUUCUUUAGAACUGUUCAUAGCAACACAUAAGUCACUAUAAUCUUUGGUAGUCACAAUAGUAUUGGUCACUUCUAUAUGCACACAAACACUACUGGUUUAAAGAAUGAGAGAUUAAAGAGCAAAAUAGUUAUUAUAGCCCAACCAUUGUUUUCUUGGUUAUUUGUGUAUUUGUGUUGGAUCGAAUGUAUCUGAUUGAUUUUGGAAUGACGUGUCAAAAGCUCUCAUACAAGAGUUUUUUCCAUGUGAUAAAUAAAGGACGUCUUUGAUUUC